UCUGAACCCAAAAGACCCGAAAUAUAAAUUUGCCUUGAUUGAUUCCGAUUUCACGUCAUUGUAUUUCUUCAAAUUGCUAUUGAAUUUUAUAAGGGGGACCUUUCGCUAUCUUCCCCGGACUGUUAUCAUUCUCCAUCAUUCAUAUUCAUCCAUCGCUAGCACCUCCCCACCAUCAUCACUCGCUCCUUCCUUCCACCACUUCCCACUCCCCAUUCCACCAGUUCUCGAGCUCUCCAGAUCUUGUCUCUUCCCGCAGCCAUGGCAGAGAAGGUGACCAGAAUGUUGAUAAAGGUGGAGGAUCUGCAGUGCUGUCGCUGCUACAAGAAGAACAAGAAAAUACUCUGUAAAUUUCCUCAAAUCCAAGACCAGAUAUACGAUGAGAAGCGGAACGAGGUGUUGAUCACCGUCGUGUGCUGCAGCCCGAAGAAAAUCCGGCAGAAGAUCAUCUGCAAGGGCGGCAAGACGGUGAAGAGCGUCGAGAUCCUGCUCGACAAGCCCAAGGAGCAGGAGAAGCCCAAGGAGCCCGAGAAGAAACCCGAGAAGCUAAAGGAGCUAGAGAAGCCCAAAGAUCCUCCGAAAGAACCCGCCAAGCCUCCGGCUCCAGCUCCGGCUCCGGCUCCGGAUCCGGCACCUGCACCUGCACCGCCCCCGAAACCCCCCGAACAGGCCCCACCGAAGCCUCCACAGCCGCCUCCGCAGCCGCUGCCCCUAAAGGAGCCAGAGCCAGUGCCGGGCUACUGGCCGGUGCCAAUGUAUCCGAUGGUGGGGGUCUGUUGGUGUCCAUGCUAUGAAGGGUAUGGUGGGGGACCAUGUUAUUAUCACGGGCAUGGGAGGCCGGCGAUGUGCUAUGACGGAUGCGGAAGGUUGGCUUACGAGUGCCAUGGUGGGAGCAGGGGUUACUUCGUGAACCGAUGUGAUUACUUUAGUGAAGAGAAUCCGACCAGGUGCACCGUCAUGUGAUUGAUCUCAAAUUUUCUCGCGUCGGCUAUUAUGUGGCAAUUCGGUGAAAGAUAGCAUUAUAAGUCAAUUUUUGAGGGCUAUCUUUGGGGUCUCUGUCUUUGUGGGUAUAGAAAGAUUGAUAAGGUUGGUGGUCUGGUAUAGCGUGUGGAGGUAUAUGUGGUCAAAUAAUUGUUCAACACAUGACUCGUUACUUGUCGAUUUCUCAAUUCCAAUAAAAACCUUAGUCCUUUUCAUGU